AUGGGAAUUCUGCUUUUGUUAGCCCUAGCCAUCUAUUACCUCACUCACGAAAACCAAGACCGCAAAACUCAACGCCAACUAAAAGCCGAACAAGCCCAAGAGGAAAGAUUAUUAAGGCGAAUGGAACCCAAUCCAGCCUUAAUUCAAGCUAAAAAAGCCAAAAAGCAAAAACAAGCUACUCUACUAAUUGCCUUAGUUCUAAUUGGUGGCUUAGCCUACUAUUUUUUAGGUUAUUUACCGGAAGAGCGACAAAGAGCCAAAGAAGAAAUUGAACAAAUGUUUAAAGAUAAUUGGAAUGUGACAGCGGAAAAGUUAGAUAAAGCCCUCUGA